AUGGCGAGUGUCGCACUGCUCGCUGUCUUCCUUCUGUCCGGCAGUUUCCCUGCCCGAGCCCAGGACACCAGAACCGACCAGGCUGGGUCCGUCCUGCGGGAGUAUGUAGACAAGGGCUACUGUACCUACACCUAUGUGGUUCCGCCUGGGUCCCGUACUGAGGGCUGUGCUCCGCCGGGCAUCGAGCGGCAGCUCGCCGAGACCAAGGAGGAAACGGGCCGCUUGGAAAAUCAGGUGGAUGUCCUGACAUCGCUGGUGCAAAUUUUGCUGAGUCAGCAGUCUGAUUUAACGUCCAGUGUCAACAGUUGGGGCGAUCGGUUAAAAGUGGAAGAGAACCUGACACAGGAGCUACAAGAACAGAAAAUUCGUCUUCAGAUCCUGGUAGAAAACCAUUCAAGCCAACUUUCAACAGAAAGAAUCAGGAGCGCAGAGCUGGCACAGAACCUGACACAGGAGAUACAAGACCAAGAGAGUCGUCUCCUAACCCAGCUACAAGAACAGAAAACAGAUCUUCAAACCCAGGUGGACAACCUGGCUAUCCAGCUGUCAGAGGAAAAGGGAAAGACUUCGAACCUGGAACAGAACUUGACACAGAAGCUACAAGAACAAGAAACCCGUAUCCAAACCCACGUACAGAACCUGACACAGGAGCUACAAGAACAAGAGAGUCGCCUCCUAUCCCGGGUACAGAACUUGUCCGAUGAACUCUCAGACGAGAAAACCAGGGGUGCGCGACUAGUACAAAACCUGACGCAGACGUUGCUUCUACAGGAGACAAAGUUUAUCGGCAUGAUCAACAGUCUUUCUGACGAACUGUCGGAGGAGAGAAACAUAAACAGGGAACUGGCACUAAACCUGACCCAAACACUGCUCAAUUUGGACAACAUGAAGUCAAUUCUGUACGAACAUGAUGUGACCAUCAAACAGCGUUUGAACUGUACCUGUGAGCGGCUGGUACCGGGUGGAGUCGUCACUACAACUGCAGCCACGCUGCCCAGAGAGCGGACGGCAACAACUCAGCCCAGUGAGUCGGUUUCCACCACCGUCGCCCCGGUAACUGACAUGACGUCACCCACGGAGCUUCCGCCUUCCACUCGAUGCCACGAAAGUACAGCAGCUGCUGAGAUCACGACCAAUCAGCGGACGGUAACAGCACAGCCUAGUACCCCCCAUCCUACCACAGAGUCCGCAGGUCCUGCAACCGGAAUUCAAAUCCGUCUUGCCGGUGGCUCAACCCCACUUGAAGGCCGAGUGGAGGUCCGAAACGGGACCGGCCAAUGGGGCUCCGUCUGUGAUGACAACUUUGACCUGCAGGACGCUCAUGUUGUCUGCAGACAGCUCGGCUUCGGGGCGGCCCUGGAGGUGAAACUGGCGGGUCAUUUUGGGGAAGGUUCGGGGAACGUCUGGCUGGACGAGGUGGCCUGCAGGGGCAACGAGACGGACCUUGGAGACUGUCCUGCUGACUCCUGGGGACCGAGUGACUGUUCACACAAGGAGGACGUAGGGGUCGUCUGUGAAGGAGGUGGAUCCUUGCGGUUGGUCGGGGGCGUCGCGCCGUGGGGAGGGCGGCUGGAGUUCCGUCCGUGGCAGGCGGCGGAGUGGGGAACCGUGUGCAACACCAGCUGGACCGAGGCUGAGACUGAGUUUGUCUGCAGGCAGCUGGGUUAUACAGGUGGAGUUAGCGCCAACCUGGCAGCUUUUGGGGAGGGGAAUGGCCGGUUCUGGCUGGGUGACGUCACCUGUGAUGAAGGCGACAUCAGCAUCACAUCCUGUGACUCCAGCUGGGAACCUUCUGACUGUGAUCAUUGCCAGGAUGUAGCUGUUGUCUGUACAGGUGGUGUGUCCGUCCGCCUUACCGGCAUCCAGAGCCCGUUACAAGGCCGCGUGGAGGUUCGGUCCGGUGAGUUAGAAUGGGGAACGGUCUGUGAUGACGGGUUUGACGACAGGGACGCCCAGGUGGUCUGUAGACAGCUCGGGUAUCGGGGUGGAGUCGCCACGGCAGGAGGAGACUUCGGAGAAGGGACGGGAAACAUCUGGUUACAGAAUGUCGGCUGCAGCGGGGCAGAAUCUUCUGUAGAGGACUGUCAGAUUCAGAGUUGGGGUAACCAAGACUGCAGCCACAGCCAGGACGCUGGGGUCGUCUGCACAGGUGAGGUUUCCAUCCGACUUACCGGAGGUCAGAGUUCAUCAGAAGGCCGUGUGGAGGUCCGGCCCGAAAACGGUGACUGGGGAACGGUCUGUGAUGACGGGUUUGACGACAGGGACGCCCAGGUGGUCUGUAGACAGCUCAGGUACAUCACAGGGUCCGCCAGGGUGGGAGGAGUUUUUCCCGAAGGGACAGGAAACAUCUGGCUGGACAAUCUCAACUGCGCGGGGAACGAGUCUUCUGUAGCGGACUGUGAGAUCAACAGGUGGGGAGACCACGACUGUACCCACAAGGAGGACGCAGGAGUCGUCUGUGUUCUAGAGGACGACUGUGCAGGGUAUCAUUCAUCCGGAUGGACAACAAGUGGAGUCUACCCAAUCGGCCUCCUCCCCGCUAAUGUGGAGGCGUACUGUGACAUGGAUACCACAGAAGGCGGUUGGACUGUGAUCCAGCGGCGGCAGGACGGGUCGGUUCCCUUCAACCGGACCUGGGAGGAGUACAAACUGGGCUUUGGGAACAAGAGCGGGGAGUACUGGCUGGGGAACGAGAACAUCCACCUGCUGACCAAUCAGAAGAACUAUCGCCUGAGGAUUGACCUCGUAGACUGGAACAACGAAUCACGCUACGCAGAAUACAGUACCUUCAGUGUAUCCGGUGAUUCGGACGGGUACCGGCUUCACAUUUCCGGGUAUUCAGGCACCGCGGGAAACUCCAUGGCUCACAACAACGGGCGGAGGUUCUCCACUGUGGACAGGGACAAUGAUGACUGGAGUAGCGGCCAUUGUUCCCAGGGAUACGGACAGGUCGGCUGGUGGUUUGGGCUCUGCAGCAACUCCUGCCUCAACGGCCGCUACCUGGGCAACUGUGGGAGCUCCUGUCCAGUCGGGCAAGGUGUGAUGUGGUACCACUGGAGAGGCUUCAGUUACUCCCUGAAGUCUGUGUCUAUGAAGAUCAGGCCAUAA